AUGUCUGACGACGCAUCAUCCUCAGAGACCGGAUUUACAUGCUCCCGCUGUAAUAAAGCGUACAAGCGACGAGAACACCUCCAGCGCCAUGCUGCAUCCCACAGUAGCUUCCGACCUCACAGGUGUAGCUUCUGUGGCCAAUCAUACCAACGGGCCGAUGUUCUCAAACGACAUUCUUUAGCCUGCGAGACUAAAUCCAGGACCGGGGACGUCCCGUCAAGCAGCCGACGAGCAUGCGACCUCUGCGUUCAGCAGAAGAAGGCCUGUAGCAAUGGCCAGCCAUGUGAACAUUGUCGUCGGAAGUCAGUUCAGUGUAUUUACUCCUUCGGCAAUGGUGCAGCGACAGAGAGAAACUUGCCCAUGCGUCAGGAUUCCAUAGGCCAAGAUGACAAGCAAUAUGGGGACGAAACCAGCCUGCCGACAGUGGUAUUUGGAGAUGACACUCUAUUCGACUACCUCGGCAACUAUACUUCAGUAUCUGAUAUGCUCCAAGGAUCAGACAACAGUCAAGACUGGUUGGACUUCAUCAACCUCGCCGCUGGUCAUUUUCAGACAAUACCGACCAGUCCCCAAUCCCAACUUGAUAAUCACACUUUUCACUUUCUAGACAAUUUCACCAGAAAGUCUGGUCUAGUGGACUCAUUUGACUGCGGGACAUUCGAACAGCGAGUGCAGGUUGAGGCAUCUCACGCAUCAGUGGAAGGCCGUGUAACAUGGACUACUGAACUACACGAACUUGUGCACCUCAAUGGCUCAUCGGGGGAUCUUUCACAACCGCAACCAUUAGAUCUCCUUGACCCUCUCAUCAUCCAAACUCACCAAAUACUUCUAGACAUGAAAGAAGUCGUUACAGUCAAACCUCGAAACAGUGUCGUUGAGCUGGAAUGGUCGACUAUUCUAGAACAGACGUGUAUCCAAUUCUUUUCUCCGCACAACUUACGGAAAUACCUAGCCCUCUUCUGGCAUAUAUGGCACCCCAACGUUAACUUUGUGCACCAGCCUACUUUUGACCCAGUAACCUCGAAGUCAAUCCUUGUGGCUUGCAUGGCACUGAUAGGAGCGAGUGUGUCGCCUAGUAAGACUGAUAACGAACAAGCCAAGAUCUGGUUCAACUGUGUAGAAGAAAUCGUCUUUACUGAUGACGACUUUUGCAACGAUCCUCUAAACAGCCAGGACACUCUGUUGCUAAAUCCGAUCCAGAACAUUUCCAAGAUUCAAGCCCUGCAGGCAGCAUACAUGGUUUGCCUCUACCAGGGUUGGGAGGGAACAGAGGCCAGCAAACGACGAAUCCGUCGAUACCGGUUCAGUACUGUCAUAUCUAUGGCAAGAGACUUCGGCAUUAUGUCUGCCAGGCACCCAGAUUACUCUACGUGGCUACAUGACGGAUUUGAUUGGAAAGACUUUGCUGCACGAGAGCAACUUAUACGUAUCUUUCUUUGGAUAUACCUUCUCGAUCAUGCCUUCGUAAUCUUCAAUAAUUUACCUCCAAGGAUGGUCAUCAAAGAAAUGAGUAUGCACAUGGCAUUUCCUGAAGCAGCCUUCCAAGCCAGUACGUCAACAGAAUGCGCUCGAGAGCUACAAAACUGGCACUUGCGAUCCACAAUGAUGAAGAAUAUAACGUUUCGUGAGGUUGUUGAGCGGUUUUGCGGAAAGUCUUUCUCGAAUGACAUGCGACGACUCUUUGCUGACCUCGGGCCCCUCAACCUCUUCGCGGUUGUAUCAGCCUUCCAUGCACUGAUAUUUCAACACCAAAAUUCCUUUGGCGGCCAUGACCAACUACAGGCUGUUCGCAACGCUCUCGAUAAUUGGAAAUCAGCCUGGGAAACAUACUCGGAUGAAUUCUCAUUCUCACCGCCGCAUGUUAUGGUGGACAGACAGAACGUGGCGACGGAGAAUCUCUGGAGGAGAACAACAGCACUCAUCGCACCAGCCCUGGAUGGCAGUUUUGAGCUAAGGGAAGUCCAUUUGGACUCACUGCAACCGGAUGAAGCGCUGAUAGAGAUCCACGCCUCUGGUGUCUGCCAUACUGAUCUUUCUUGUGCAAGCGGUAAAUUGCCUUGCGCACCAAACGCCGUUCUUGGUCACGAAGGAGGAGGCGUUGUUCUCAAGAUAGGCACAAAUGUCACCUCCGUCUCACCAGGCGACAAAGUCCUUCUAUCCUUCUCGUCAUGUGGUUCGUGUCCUGGAUGCAAAUCAAACCACCCAGCGUAUUGCUACAGCUUCAACGAUUACAACUUCAGUGGCAAACGCCCAGACGGAUCAGCUGCCAUGUCGGUUAUGGAAGACGGGAAGAAGCAACCAUGUUACAGCACUUUCUUCGGCCAAAGCUCCUUUGCGGCGAAAACAAUUGUUCAUCGAUCGAGUAUUGUCAAGGUGCCUGAACAAACACCACUACACCUCUUUGCGCCGCUGGGAUGUGGUAUACAGACAGGCGUUGGUGCUGUAUUCAAUACUUUGAACGUCAAGCCUGGUAGCUCCAUCGCGAUUUUCGGCGUGGGGUCUGUUGGCUUGGCUGCAGUGAUGGCUGCGAAGGCACGGAAAGCCAGCAGGAUUAUCGCCAUUGAUCUACAGCCAGAGCGAUUAAAACUUGCCAAAGAACUAGGUGCCACAGACGGAGUUCUUGGCCCUGAUCAGGAGUACAUCAUCAAGGCGAUAAAGGACAUCUGUCCCCCUCUCGGUGUCGACUUUGCAGUUGACUGCACUGGCGUCCCGUCUAUCAUCGAAACUAUGGUCGCUUCGUUGGGCAUGAGGGGCAGAGCCGCUACGGUCGGAGCACCGGGAGGCAACGCGCAGGCCAGGAUAGAUAUCAUGAGUCAUCUCACGUACGGCAAAGAGUACGUGGGCUGUUCUGAAGGAGACAGUAAUCCUCGGGUUCUGAUUCCUGAGCUCAUCGACAUGCAUGCUAAGGGCCUUCUACCACUGGAGAAACUGAUAGCGUACUAUGAUAUCAAGGACUACGAGAAGGCCAUGGCCGAUAUGAAGAGUGGCAAAGUCAUCAAACCUGUGUUGAAAUGGACUAGAUAG